AUGGCGCACCUAGUGGUGGUGGGAGGAGCUUUGCUCUUCUUAUUAUGUUUUGCUCUGAAUACAAGUGCACUCAUCCUCUUGCCGCACGAUGUCCGCCCUGGCCACGCUGUUCGACAUUUUAUUGGUAACCAUUCGCGUUACACGCUACUUGACCCGGAAUAUGAACCUUUCUUUACAUUACUCGACGAUGGAUUGCUUAUGACAACAGCUGAUCUCGGACCACUGUUGAAUCAACCUCUAAAUCUCGCCAUCUUAGAACAAACGCCAUUUAGCAGCUCGGCCCAUACAAUCCAUCUAUUAGUUAUGGACCGCAGAAAAAUGAUCCAUUUUUCUGAUGUUAAUGCCGUUCAUGGUGAAAUUCCUGAAAACGCUCCACCAGGGUCCGUUGUAGAUUGUCCUCCUAUAAAAGCGACUGCUUUAGUUAAUGUUGGACCCAUUGCUUAUAAGAUCACAAAAGGAAAUGAUCAGUCUGUCUUCGCCCUUCGUGAAAAAUCGCGGCCUAGUAAUUCCGAUAUCAAAUCGGUAAUAACAGAUGGAGACGUAGAAAUUGUUGCUAUGAAACCAUUGGACAGUGAAACUAAGAACCUUUACGAUUUAGUUAUUCAAGCGACUGAUUUACACGGAGCAAAUAAAGCUAGCCUUCCGGUUCGCAUCAACGUUAUUAAUGAGAACGAUCAUGAACCGAUUUUUGAACAGGAGAUGUAUUACUUUGCUGUUAAUGGCACCUGUGAUGAUAACUGUCACAACGGCACGGCUUAUUGGCAACGCUUUUCUACUAUCGGAAAAGUUCGCGCUUUUGACGCCGAUGGCGAUAGAGUAUACUAUUCACUAAAAACCCCAUCGAAUCUUGCGGUGAUUGUACCACAAACUGGAGAAUUAAUACUGGCUGGUGAACCGGAUGGACAUGAGGCUGAGCUGCAAGUUUUGGCUCAUGACGUAGGAAUCCCGCCACGGAAAAGCCAACCGGCACAAGUUUUCAUUGAAUUUGUAAUACGCGAACGAAAAGACAUGCCCACACUGCAUCGUGAAAAGAGAAGAGUCACUCGAGCGGUUCGUCCUACUAAACGUAUAGAAUUCACCGAGGCCGAUGGCGAAGUUGAAGGGCGUGCGGUGUUUACUCUCGAGAAAGAAACGGACCGUGAGACAUUUAAAAUAAGGGACGAAAAUCCUUGGGUAACCGUUGAACCUAGUGGUGUAGUGAAAGUUAAAAAGAAGUGGGACUAUGAAGAGUUGGGUCCUGAGAAGACUAUUGAUUUCUGGGUCACCAUCACGAACGCUGGGAAUGGAGUGGCACUAAAAUAUACGGACAAUCAGCGAGUUAUUAUUCACGUGAAGGAUGUAAACGACGAGCCCCCAUACUUCAUCAAUCGUCCGUUGCCAAUGCAAACCGUGGUCCAAUUGAACGCUGCCCCAAAUACUCCGGUAUUCACACUGCAAGCCAGAGAUCCUGAUACCGAUCAUAACAUCCAUUACUUCAUUGUGAGAGACAGGACAGGUGGACGGUUUGAAGUUGAUGAGAGAUCUGGUGUGGUCCGAACGAGAGGCACCGAUCCCUUCCAGCUAGAUAUGGAAUAUGUCCUGUAUGUUAAGGCUGAGGAUCAGAGUGGUCGUGUUGACGAACGUAGAUUCCAAUCGACUCCAGAGGAGAGACUGAGUAUUGUUGGCGGAAAACGUGCACCACAGUUUUAUUUGCCAAGUUACGAAGCAGAGAUCGCUGAAAAUCAGAAAAAAGAUUCAGAUAUAAUUUCUGUCAAAGCGAAAUCUUUUGCCGAUCGUGAGAUUCGCUACACACUGAAGGCGCAAGGUCAAGGAGCGGGUACAUUUAACAUCGGACCGACUUCAGGAAUUGUCAAAUUAGCGAAAGAAUUGGACUUCGAAGAUUUAAGACAGCCCCAUGUCUACUCCCUUGUUGUGACAGCUACCGAAGAUUCAGGAGGAUUUUCUACAUCAGUAGAGUUAACGAUACGAGUAACUGAUGUCAAUGACAAUGCACCGAAGUUCGAGCUGCCAGACUAUCAAGCGCAUAACGUGGACGAGGAUAUACCACUUGGUACCAGCAUACUCAAGGUCAAAGCCAUGGACGCCGACUCCGGGAAGAACGCUGAGAUAGAAUAUCUCGUAUCAGACGAUCACUUCAGCGUCGAUUCGAAUGGAAUUAUAACAAACAACAAGCAAUUGGAUGCUGAUAACAACAACGCUUAUUACGAGUUUUCUGUGACCGCCAAAGAUAAAGGAGAACCGGCAAAAACCGGUACCGCCACUGUAAGGGUUUACACGAAGAACAAAAACGACGAGGAACCAAAGUUUUCACAGCAAGUGUACACUCCAAAUGUAGAUGAGAACGCUGGACCUAACACGCUAGUUACAACCGUCGUGGCAUCAGACAAAGAUGGUGACAACGUCAGAUUUGGCUUCGUCGGCGGUGGCACAAGCUCAGGUCAAUUCGUCAUUGAGGAGAUCACUGGAGUUAUUCGACUACACAAUAAAGCCAUAUCCCUGGACAGGGACAAGUACGAACUAAAUGUAACUGCAAUGGACGACGGUGCAUGCUGUGUUAACGGAGACGCCACUAUACACACCUCUACGGCCGUGGUGGUUGUGUUUAUUACAGACGUCAAUGACAACAAACCUAUAUUCAAAGACUGUCCAACAUAUUUUCCGAAAGUCGAGGAAGGUGCACCUAAUGGAAGUCCUGUUAUAAAAGUGCACGCGACGGACGAAGAUAAAGGCGUCAACGGUCAGGUUAAGUAUUCUAUCGUCCAGCAACCGAAUCAGAAAGGCACCAAGUUCACAGUUGAUGAAGAAACUGGUGAAGUUUCUACAAACAAGGUCUUCGACAGAGAAGGAGAUGACGGGAAGUUUGUUUCUGUCACAGUAAAAGCUACAGAUCAAGGCGAACCCUCACUGGAGGGCGUUUGUUCGUUUACCGUCGAGAUAACAGAUGUCAACGAUAAUCCACCACUCUUUGAUAGACAAAAAUACGUGGAGAACGUUAAACAAGAUGCCAGUAUAGGCACGAAUAUUUUAAGAGUGUCGGCAUCUGAUGAGGAUGCCGACAACAAUGGUGCCAUUGUAUAUACAUUAAGCGCACCCUAUAACCCGGCUGAUAUAGAAUAUUUCGAGAUCCAACCAGAAUCUGGAUGGAUAGUCCUAAAGAAGCCUCUGGACCGAGAAACUUACAAGUUGGAGGCUAUGGCUCAAGACAAGGGCUUCCCGCCCUUGUCCAGAACCGUGGAGGUCCAGAUAGACGUAGUGGAUCGCGCGAACAAUCCCCCCGUAUGGGACCACACAGUGUACGGGCCCAUCUACAUUCGAGAGAAUUUGCCCGUCGGUGCCAAAGUGGUGUCCGUUAAAGCAAGCUCGGGAAUUGAGAACAAUCCAACUGUGUUCUACCGCCUCAUGCCCGGCUCCACGGCUCAGACGAACAAAUUCCAUACAUUUUACUUGCAACAGAGAGCCGAUAACGGCUUCACUUGGGCGGACAUAAAAGUCAACCAUCCGUUAGACUACGAGAGCAUUAAGGAAUACAAUCUUACAAUUCGAGUAGAGAACAAUGGAGCCCAGCAGUUGGCGUCGGAGGCGACUGUGUACAUCAUGCUGGAAGACGUAAACGACGAGAUACCUCUGUUUACAGAACGAGAACAGGAAACUGUUCUUGAAGGAGAACCCAUCGGCACCAAGGUCACGCAAGUCAACGCCAUCGAUAAGGAUGGCACGUUCCCUAAUAACCAAGUGUAUUAUUACAUUGUGGAUUCCCCGCGGAACGAGGGCAAGGAUUUCUUCGAGAUCAGUAUGCAGACGGGAGAGAUCUUCACGAAGGUGGUGUUCGACAGGGAGAAGCAAGGAGCCUACGCACUGGAAGUUGAGGCGAGAGAUGGUGCACCCUCUGCACGACCGAAUUCAGACAACCAGCCUAAUUCAGUUACCAAAUUCAUUCGUAUCGGCAUCGCUGACAAGAAUGACAAUCCCCCAUACUUCGACAAAGAGUUAUACGAGGCGGAAGUUGACGAAAAUGAAGACAUUCAACAUACCGUCCUUACAGUUACCGCCAAAGAUCAUGACGAAUCUUCGCGUAUUCGAUACGAGAUCACGAGCGGUAACAUAGGUGGUGCUUUUGCCGUCAAGAACAUGACGGGAGCUAUCUAUGUAGCGGGUGCACUCGACUAUGAAACUAGGAAACGGUACGAGUUGAAGUUGGCUGCUUCGGACAAUCUAAAAGAGAACUAUACGACAGUGGUUAUCCACGUAAAGGAUGUGAAUGACAACCCACCAGUGUUCGAGAGACCGACCUAUCGUACUCAAAUCACAGAAGAAGAUGACCGCAAUCUUCCCAAGCGUGUGCUUCAGUACGAGCUCACCUUGGUGGCGUCGGACGGCAGAAACGAGAACUCAACUCGUGUGGUGGUCCACGUACUAGAUAUCAACGAUUUGCCACCUCGGUUCUCGCGCAGCGCAUAUAUCACCCAGGCCUUAGAGGAAACAGGGCCCUACCCCCACUUCCUUAUACAGGUCACUGCGACAGACGGCGACAAGGAUAGACAACAGAAUAUUGUUUAUUUCCUUACCGGCCAGGGCAUUGACCCAGAUAAUCCUUCAAAUAGCAAAUUUGAUAUUAAUCGAACAACAGGAGAAAUCUUUGUCCUUAAGCCCUUAGAUCGAGAUCAACCUAAUGGACGGCCACAGUGGAGAUUUACAGUAUUUGCCCAAGAUGAAGGAGGAGAAGGACUCGUAGGUUACGCCGAUGUACAAGUUAAUCUUAAGGAUAUUAAUGACAAUGCCCCUAUUUUCCCACAAGGAGUUUACUUUGGCAAUGUAACAGAAAAUGGUACAGCGGGAAUGGUUGUUAUGACGAUGACUGCAAUUGAUUAUGAUGAUCCAGCUGAAAGUAACAAUGCAAAACUUUGGUAUUCCAUCGAGAAAAAUGUUAUUGAGGAAGAGACAGGAUCCCCAAUUUUUGAAAUCGAACCAGAAACCGGGGUCAUUAAAACAGCGGUAUGUUGUUUGGACCGGGAAAGAACUCCAGAUUAUUCUAUACAAAUAGUAGCUUCGGAUGGAGGGGGGUUAAAAGGAACAGGUACAGCAUCAAUUAGAGUUAAAGAUAUAAAUGAUAUGCCGCCUCAAUUCACAAAAGAUGAAUGGUUCACGGAAGUAGAUGAAACAGAUGGAACGAAUUUACCUGAAAUGCCGAUUCUCACUGUAACAGUUCACGAUGAAGAUGAAACUAAUAAAUUUCAAUACAAGGUUAUAGAAAACAGUGGAUAUGGUGCUGAUAAAUUUACAAUGGUUAGAAAUAAUGAUGGGACAGGAUCUCUUAAAAUUGUACAGCCUUUGGAUUAUGAGGAUCAGUUGCAAAGUAACGGUUUUAGGUUCAGAAUACAAGUAAAUGAUAAAGGUGAAGACAAUGACAACGAUAAGUAUCACGUAGCUUAUUCAUGGGUAGUUGUGAAACUUCGAGAUAUAAACGAUAACAAACCGCAAUUUGAACGAGCAAAUAUUGAAGUAUCUGUGUAUGAAAAUGCGGAAGUCGGAAAAAGCCUCGAAACAUUUAAAGCCACGGAUCCAGACCAAGGAGGUAAAAGUAAAGUGUCGUAUGCUAUUGAUAGAUCCUCUGAUAGGAAACGUCAAUUUUCAAUUAACCAGGAAGGUACUGUUAGCAUCCAAAGAUCUUUAGAUAGAGAAGAUACACCUAGACAUCAAGUUAAAAUUUUGGCUAUUGAUGACGGUGUUCCUCCAAGGACAGCCACAGCCACCUUAACAGUAAUCGUACAGGAUAUAAACGAUAAUGCACCCACGUUCUUAAAAGACUAUAGACCCGUUUUAACUGAACAUAUAACUCCUAAAAAAGUUGCCGAAAUUCUAGCAACAGAUGACGAUGAUAGAUCUAAGAGCAAUGGUCCACCAUUCCAAUUUCGGCUAGAUCCGGGUGCUGAUGAUAUUAUAAGAGCUUCUUUCAAAGUUGAACAGGACCAGAAAGGUGCAAACGGUGACGGUAUGGCAAUCGUUUCAUCCUUAAGAUCUUUUGAUAGAGAACAACAAAAGGAAUAUCUUAUUCCCAUUAUUAUAAAAGAUCACGGUAAUCCAGCUAUGACUGGAACGAGCACUUUAACAGUCGUAAUUGGUGAUGUGAAUGACAAUAAAAUGCAACCAGGUUCUAAGGAAAUCUUAGUUUAUAAUUAUCAAGGGCAAGCACCAGAUACCGAAAUUGGAAGAGUAUACGUGUAUGAUUUAGAUGAUUGGGAUUUACCAGACAAGAAAUUUUUCUGGGAAAGUUCAGAACAUCCUAACUUUACAUUAAAUGAAGAAACUGGAAUGAUUCAAAUGAAACACAAAACAAGGGAAGGUAGAUAUCACUUAAAAUUCAAAGUAUACGAUCGAAAACACACGCAAACAGAUGUCCCUGCAAAUGUCACUGUUUAUGUUAAAGAAAUUUCGUCUGAAGCUAUCAUGAAUUCGGGUUCUAUAAGAAUAUCGGGUAUAUCUGACGAAGAUUUCAUAAGAGUAUGGAAUUAUAAAACUCUAAGUGUUUCUAGAAGUAAGUUAGAUAUAUUCAAGGAUAAAUUAGCGGAUUUGCUUAACACAGAACGCGAAAAUAUCGAUGUAUUUAGUGUUCAACUGAGGAAAAAAACAUCCACCUGUGACUGA